AUGUCUUUUUCAAUUAGACCUAUUCAAGCUAGCGACAAGGACCAGUGGAAGAAAUUGUGGAACGCCCCAGAGGACUCGUACUUGAAGUUCUACAAAGCUUUAGACAGGGUCACCGAUGAGGCUACAGAGACAACCUUCAAGAGAUUCCUCGAUGAGAAUGAGCCCGUAUACUCCGCCGUUGCAGUUGACGACACGGGAAAAAUCAUUGGGUUCGCCAAUUACUUGACUCACCGUAACACUUGGACCAUCGAGAACGCCUUGUACUUGAACGACUUGUAUGUGAGUUCUGCCUCCAGACUCAAGGGAGUGGGUCGUGAAUUGAUCGAGUUCGUAUACAAGGAAGCCGAUCGUUUCAACUGUCCAAAGUGUUACUGGAGUACCCAAUUCGAGAACCACAGGGCCCAACUUUUGUACACCAAAGUCGGGGUCAAGUCUGGAUUCCUUCUUUAUCGGAGACCAUGA